UUCCAAAACCGAUAAAAAUGCAAACUGGUCAUUAGGAUCACUCUGCUAAACUCUGAGCUGCACGGAGCCACUUCAUUGCUUGUAAUCAGCGAACAUGAGUAGCUUGAAGACAAUUUUAAAGUUUUUUUACAGUACUAAUGAAAUGUUUAAGAAAAUCUGCUGCCAAUGAAUUACCAUACCUUCUAGGUUAUAAGGGAGACCACAAUUUCUUUUUGGAGGUACCGGCAUAUAAUAAAUGUGACCCAUCUGCAGCGCAAUACAUAUUGUUUGAGUACACUUGUGUCCUACUGUGUAUGGAGCGUGAAAGCAGAAUGCCCGAGGAGCUGCAGUGUAAUGGUUCUGCGGGAGCAUUUUCUGAGAAUGUCUCAUCUCUGAAUUCGGAAGUCCCUGCCGUUCAGCACCUUGGACAGUUCUCCCAUCGAGUUUCGGUGUUUCUAAUCGUUCUCAUGGUACUCAUGGUUAUGGUCACUGUCCUUGGAAACGCUUUGGUCAUCUUGGCUUUUGCUGUGGACAGAAGUCUGAGAACCCGUGGCAACUUUUUCUUUUUGAAUCUGGCCAUCGCAGACAUACUGGUUGGUGGCUUUUGCAUCCCAUUAUACAUUCCUUAUGUGAUUACUGGCAAAUGGAAACUGGGUCGAGGCUUAUGUAAAGUGUGGCUAGUAAUGGACUACCUUCUCUGUACAGCUUCAGUCUUUAACAUAGUUUUAAUCAGCUUUGAUCGCUUCACCUCUGUUACAAGAUCGGUAAAUUACAGAGCUCAGAAGGGAGUAACCAGGCCGGCAGUGCUGAAAAUGGUGUUGGUAUGGAUUGCAGCAUUUUUGCUUUAUGGUCCAGCUAUAAUCAGCUGGGAAUACAUUGUUGGAAAAAGUAUUCUGCCAAAUGAAGAAUGCUAUGCAGAGUUUUACUACAACUGGUAUUUCCUUAUUACAGCGUCUACUGUUGAAUUCUUCACACCAUUUGUGAGUGUUACAUACUUCAAUGUAUGCAUUUAUAUUAACAUCAGAAGACGAACUGUUAUGCGAAAGAAUGCAUCAAGCUCUUCUCAAAAUUCCUUUGCUGUUCAAGGCAGAAGGAAGAGAUGUGUUAUAUUUUUUGUUAAACCAUCUGAGAAAAAUAUUAAGGGCAAAAGCAUAAAGGGAAAUAAACACCCACCUGCCAAUCAACAGGUGGAUAAGAACACUGGGAACAAACCUGAUUGGCAGUCUUUCACAUCUGCUGUGGAUCAUGACUUACCUCCUUUGGAAAUGGAAGUACUGUCUCGACAUACGAAUGCCUCCAACAAAACCAAGCAAAACAUAUCCAGUGAUCAACAUCAAACCAAUGUGGUCAGCACUACUGGACAAAACGUUAGGCUUUCCAAGGAUAAAAAAGUGGCCAAGUCCUUAGCAAUCAUUGUCUGUGUUUUUGGGCUUUGCUGGGCACCUUACACACUUCUGAUGAUUAUCAGAGCAGCUUGCCAUGGACGCUGCGUUCAGCACUCUUUGUAUGAGAUCUCAUUUUGGCUUCUCUGGUUUAACUCUUCUAUCAAUCCUGUUCUUUACCCUUUAUGUCAUCUAAGCUUCAGGAAAGCUUUUAUUAAACUACUAUGUCCUACAAAGAUAAAAAUCCAUCCACAAAUGCUAGCACAAAAUUAAUACCACUCACCACAGAAGAGCUAUCAUUUAUGAGUUUUAUGUUUUAUGUAUUAAUUGUUUGUAUCAUACAUUUAUUUUCCUAGGUUUUUUUCCACUAUUCUGUAUUAAGAUUGUAUCUUAAAGGCAGUAAAAAACAAACUAUCAGUGUUUUACCAGAGAAACAGAUAUUCUUUGAGGUAACAUGUUUAUGAAUAAGUUUUAUAUUUCAUCACCUAUGAAUAGAAUAUCUUGCAAUCUGAUUGGUCCAGAAGAUGUCAGAAUUAUUUGUACAUCAUGAGGAUACAACAAAAAUACCCAUCAAAUCCCUGGAAGAAUCUAGAGCACUGAUGGAUUCAUUUUGCUCUAAUGAUCUUAGACUAAAUCCAAGUAAGUCCAAUUAGUCCUUUUCAACAAUAAGUGGAAAAUACAUUGUAGCUCCCCAUCACAUGCUGACUACCCAUCUCAGUGUCCAGUAAUGGCUGCUCACUAGCAGGGGUGUAGCCAGAGAUUUACAUUUUGUACUCAAACGUAAAGUUGCUGCCCCCACUACCUACCUGUCAGUUUAAAAAUGUACCCAGCCCUCAAAAUGAUACCCCCAGAUACAUGAGAAGAAGCAUGUUAUUUUCGACUGUUGCAAUUUAUUUCCAUAACAAACUAGUUUUAGAGGUGUAUUCCUUUUGCACAAGAAUUCUUUGUGUACCGCUAUACUCUGAAUAUUAAUUUACACAGUUCUAAACAUUCUGUGCUGUUUGAGUGUUGACAUUUGAAAGAGAUGUUCAGAAGAAAUUGUACUCAAUUCAGUAUACUGAGUAUGCCUAGCUACACCACUGCUCACUAGGAAGUGCUGAUAUGCGUCUAGGUCAGGGACUAAAGCUGAGGAACCCUAUGCUUGUUUCAGGAAAAGACCAAGUAAGACUGAGAAUCUUGUGAACUUAAAACAUUUACUAUCUGGUAUUGUUUUAUGAGGAAUUAAGACAAAUAAAAGCUAAAAGUCAAGUUAUAUAUAUGUAUUGCUUUUCAGAGUACUUUAAGAGAAAAAUGUCCUAAGCAAAAUCUUUGGAAAUUGUCUGCGCCUUUACAUUACAACACUGCUUUUAAUAGAGGCCCAAAGCACUUUUCUGAUCUGUAAGGGAGGGUCAUGACUUUUCUGUGGUUUGAGGCAGGCUAACUGUGGCAAAUUCUGAGAGCCUAUGAUGUAAAGCAUAUGGUGACCAAGCAUAGGAGCAUACUUGAAUUCAUGUGCAGGACACAAUAUCUGCUGUUGCCCAAUACAGAGUUUGACAUUGCAGAGGGAAGGAGUUGAUAUUUACUAUUCAUUUGACUUGUUCAUUCAUGCUGGCCUCAUUUUCUUAUCCAAGUCCUGCUUUCUGACUUAGUGACACAACACCGCAUGAUAACUAUGCAUGGCAUUAGAACUUCUUGAUAAGAACACCCUAUAAGGUAAUCUCAUGAUCACAGUUUUUAUUUUUAAACUUUAUUGGAGCCAGCUUUGCAUGCUCCACGCCUCCCUAAGGGUGCCAUUCAAAUGUGUAGUCAAUUUCUUACUAAUCAUCCUUGAAAACUUUCAUUCAAGUUACUAGAGUAACAAUGUCGAAAGCUUCAAGGGUCUUUCUGUGUGCCAGUUUCAAGGUACUGACUAAAUCUGCUACCAACACUGAAAAUACAUUCACUUUGAAACUAAUCUCAAAACCUGUCACCUGGAGGCAAGUCCAGAAAGAGAACUGGAUUAAGUUUUGUGCUUGAACUUCGCAAAUCAUUAUUACAGCAUUUGGCCUAAUUCUUAUCACCUACUGCUGGAUUUGCCAUAUAAUUUCCAUGAUAAAGUGUUUUUUCUGAUAUACCAGAACUGGACUUCAUAUAUUGUACACAACGUGUUACCUGAUGAUACACCAGAACUGGACUUCAUAUACUAUACACAUCCUGUUACCUGAUGAUACACCAGAACUGGACUUCGAAUUUUGUACACAUCCAGUUACCUGAUGAUACAGCAGAAAUGGACUUUAUAUACUGUAUACAUUCUGUUACCUGAUGACACACAAGAACUGGACAUCAUAUAUUGUACACAUACUGUUACCUGACGAUAUGCCAGAACUGGACUUUAUAUUAUUGUACAUAUCUUGUUACCUGAUGAUAUACCAAAACUGACCAUUAUCUGAUUAUAUACCAUUCAUUAUCUUUUAGUGUUUAGUAUCCCUGAUAUUUGCGCUUUCUUUUUCCAUGCCUAACCUACACAGACUCUUGUAAGAUAAAAAAAAAAGUAUCACCCGAAUGUGUAGGGUUUGUUUCAGGUGCUAGUAUACUUUUAUGGUGCUGCUGUGAUUUCCUGAGUGACAUCUGAAUGAAGCUGCAGUCAGUUGAAAACAGCUAACUGAAUAUUUGUCUGGAUGGAAAAAAAAAACAUUUUUUUCAGGGGACAGUCCAUCAUGUAUCUCACAUGUGGGGGGAACCUACCCCUACCCUGUUACUUAUAUAUGUAAAUAACACAGUUGUAUUACCAUUAGAAUAGUAAAAAGUAAAAAAAAAACAGUGACUUGCUGCUUGUGCUGUAAUAAAAACAGUGCCAGCAAUGAUCUUCUACAACAAACACAAGCUGAUAAAUUGCAGUUAAUCCUGAUGUAAUCCUGAUGUAAACAGUGAGUUUCAACCUCAUCCACUAGAAGGGAAGCAUUUUUUCUUCCAAACAAUCUGCUUUUACUCAUAAAAGUCCAGAUAGACAAAGAGUAAAGCUUCUGUUAGUGGAAGAUACAUCCAGAUAUAUUACUAUGCAUUAGUAAAGUCAGUAGCUAGUAGCAUUGCAUAGAACUUAAAGAACCGAAUAGAAAAGGAACUGUAGACUGAAUAUAUGAAUAGGAAAGCUACAUAAUAUGUGACUCUAAGCAGAUAAAUUAACUAGGCUUAGGUGAUAACAGCAAAGUGUCAAGUGGAGUUUAUCAACCAAACCAAAGAUCAGGUAAGAAUAAUCGAUUAAUUGUUGUGAUUAGGGUCACCACAUUUGUAGUACCAUUAAGAAAUACCUGCAUAAGAUUAAUACAGAGCAAUAAAACAUAAAAGUAUUCAGAAGUAUGAAGAGAGAUAGUGAUUAAAACUGUUAAUGUCAUUCACUUAACUGUUUGAUUUACUGAGACCAUGGCCCUGUAAUUAACAAGUAAAGUCCUCACACAUCCCUUUUAUAUAAGAUGAUCUAAAACAAAACAUUAACAAGCUAAUUGAAACUCUCACAAUAUUUAAAAAUGCUUGGAAGCUGCCAUUGGCUUCAAGGCUUUGACCUUCUCUCUACUGCUUGUGACUGAGAUUGUUUAAAUUCUCUGGCACUGGUAGAAUAACUGAAAGGUGCAACUGACUUGUGAAUGACCAACUCUCCUAUCCCAGAGGGAUGCCAUGUUUUUUUUGUUUUUGUUUUUAAGUGAUACCCCCUCCCUAGUGGUGGUCAGGAGGUCAUACUGCUAUGCCCUGUACUUAACUGCAUUUACAGUAGAACAGUAUGGCAGCACCUUGGAAUAAACAUGAAUGUGCAUUGCACCCAGGGUACAGUUGGGUUUAGAAGUUAAACAACAACCUUAUCAGAGAACUAUUAUAGAGACAUCUGCCCCAGUAUUGGCGAAUGGGGGUAGAAUAGAUCCAUGGUGGUGGUAAGUAGGGAAGAACCAGAAUCUACCAAUAUUACUAGGCUGGACUACAGUGAGUAGGAUGUAAAUUACAUUGACUUGAAAUAGAAAACUGUUUACAAAAUUAUAAGACAUUCAUUCUGCAGCAGCUUUCCAAACUCAUUUCAAUACCACUCCUCCUAUUAUAGAGAGGAAGACCAUGCUAUAGUUCAUCUUCAGUGAAGGAUAAUAUCUUAUAUGACAAUGACACCCAACAUGUAAGAUAUGUACUGUGCAUAACUUACCUUCCUGAAAGACACAAUAAUCUCACCAAUAUUAGCAGAAUAACUGGCUGUUCUGAUAGACAUUCUAUUCAUAUGUUGUUUGUAUUCAUGUAAUAAAUAAAAAUAGUAUUUCAACUGCAUUUAAAACA